CCCAAGAAGAGGGAGGAGACCAUGGUGGGAAUAAAUAGGCAUCAGGGUGCACUGGACAGAGCUAAGCAGUAGGAAGGCAGCAACGACCAACAUCAGAACUCAGUUGUCCCAGGAGCUGGCAGCAUACAUCAGCUCUCAGCCAGGAGAACAGAGAAGAUGAUGGUCCUACUUGUAGCUCUGGGGUUCUUGAUGGCAGGGAUCUGCCCUGAUGUUAGCUGCCAACAGGAUGGCACACCAGGAAGUAAUACUGAACUUCAGGAAGGCCAAAUAAAUGGGACACAAGUGGACAGUCUAGCACUGGCCUCAACCAACACUGACUUUGCCUUCAGCCUCUACAAGGAGCUGGCUUUGAAGAACCCAGAUGAAAACAUCGUCUUCUCCCCACUCAGCAUCUCAGCUGCCUUGGCCGUCCUGUCCCUGGGAGCAAGCAACAACACCCUGCAAGAGAUUCUAGAAGGUCUCAAGUUCAAUCUCACAGAGACCCCUGAGGCAGACAUCCACCGGGGCUUUGGGCAUCUCUUCCUCACGCUCAGCCAACCAGGGAACCAGGUGCAGAUCAGCACAGGAAAUGCCAUGUUUAUUGAAAAGCACCAACAGAUCCUGGCAGAAUUCAAGGAGAAGGCAAGGGCGCUGUACCAGGUUGAGGCCUCAAGUGUCGACUUCCAGCAGGCUCACGAGGCCAAAAAGCUCAUCAAUGACUAUGUGAGGAAUCAGACCCAGGAGAAGAUUAAAGAACUGAUCUCAGACCUGGAUAAGGACACAGUAAUGGUGUUGGUGAACUACUUCUACUUUAAGGGUCAAUGGGAGAUGCCCUUUCCACUGGGAGAUACUUUAAAGUCCAUGUUCCACUUGAACAAUACGAAGUCUGUGGAGGUGCCCGUGAUGAAUAUUGAGGAGCUGAUCACACCCUACUUCCGGGAUGAGGAGCUGUCCUGCACCUUGGUGGAGCUGAAGUACAGAGGCAAUGCCAGCGCCCUGUUCAUCCUCCCUGAUGAAGGCAGGAUGCAGCAGGUGGAAGCCAACCUGAAACCAGAGACCCUGAGGAAGUGGAGGGACUCUCUGAGUUCCAGCAUUAUCGAGCUCUCCCUGCCCAAAUUCUCGAUCUCUACUGACUACAAGUUGGAGGGCAUCCUUCCACAGCUGGGCAUCAGGGAAGUCUUCUCCACACACGCUGACCUGUCUGGGAUCACAGGGACUAAGGACCUGAGUGUCUCUCAGGUGGUCCACAAGGCUGUGCUGGAUGUGGCUGAGACAGGAACAGAAGCAGCGGCUGCUACAGAAGUGGUGAUAAAAAAGAAAAUGUUUCCAAUUAUGAAUCCUUUGAAAGUGAAUUUCAACAGGCCAUUCCUGAUGAUUAUCUCUGAUAGAAAUACCCAGAGUUCACUUUUUUUGGCCAAAGUCACAAAUCCCAAGGAAAACUAGAACUUCCUAAGUGGUGAGGCUUCCUCCUGGGAGCCAGGAAUUGAACCUGUAUGUGGGUCUCUAUGUGCAUUUUGGCCUCCAUGCUCUGAUUGGCUGUACGUGUCUGAUUGGACAGUGGCAGUGACUAACAUGCACAGGACCUGUGGACAGACAGUGUCAGACUCCCCAUAAUCUUGGCUGCACUAUAUCAUAUUUCUUAGACUGAACUCUGACUUUGUGGCUCCUCCCUGCUGCCUCUCCUGUAUGAGCCUCUACACAAAGCCUGGGCCCUGGCAGGAAGGCUCAGCCCCUACCUGAGCUAUGGUUAUAUCUGCUUUAAGCUUCCACAGGCUUCAUGGGAUGAUUCAAGCUAUAGACUCAUUCUGUGGACCUCAAGCUCAGGACUGAGAAGGGAACCUGCUGCCUUCUCUGUGUUUCCAGCAUCUGAAACCAGUGUGUACCCAGUUCCUGCCUCAAACUUUUCCUCACCCAGGCUCUGACACCCAGUGUCCCUUCAAGAGCUCCUGGGCCUGCCCACAUCUGACACUGUCGUAGAGAAGCUAUUUCUGCUUCUACAUGAAGUCGAUUGGUCAGCUCAGCUCCUUUCCCCUACUCUACCUACUUGGGGCAGAAGAGCCUUUUCCUAGGUUAUCCACUGGCCAACAUCAAACAAUGGAUGCCACCCUUUCCUUACCCAAAAUGGAGGACUUUCACAAAAUGCAAUAAAUGUAUA